CGACUCUCCAUGUCCUCCAAGUCAAUCUCACUUUCUUCAGAUCAAAGAAGUUUUUAAUUACCUUGCGACGGGAGUCACCGUUUCAAAGAAUAUGCUAGGAAUCGCGCUGGUCUUUUCGAGCCCAGAUAAAUCGAGUUAGUCGACUGUCGCCGCCUUUCGUCAUACCAGUCUUGCGCUGGUUGUAGCCGCCCCCCUUCUGCGAUCAACUUUGCCUGCCCCUCUUUGACGCACCACACCUUGUCAUGGAGAGCGGUCCGAGAGCAAUACGACGUCCUGAAACGUCACCAGGCGAGGCUGUUUUAGAGUCCCCUCGGGAUGAAAUUGACAGCAGUCGGAACAGAGCCGCGUCCCAACCACCCAGCAACCUCAACGCCUCCGGGCCCUAUCAGACUGUCCGUCCAAUAACAUCUUCACAACAUACAAUGCUCAAGCUGGCCCGUCCAACAUCAGAUGAGGAGCUACUUGUGAUUGUUCGGGAAGCGGUCGAAGUUGCCAGACGGGAAGCGCAGGUCGCGCAAGUCUCGGACACUGAUGCCGACAAUGCUGAAGUUGGAGGGAGACUUAAACCUGGCUUGACGAUAGAUCUCGGGCAUAAACAAAUAGAGAAAUUUACCGAGGAUGUUGUAAAUGUCAUAAAGGAUGAUAUCGAGAGACUCGCACUCCCACACAAUCAAAUUCGACAGUUUCCUUCGAACUUCGCUCAGUGCUCUCAUCUGCGCUAUUUGAAUGUUCGCUAUAAUGACUUACGUUCAUUUCCAAAUACUAUAUGCGAGCUAGCAUCCCUAGAAAUACUUGAUCUGAGCAGAAACAGCCUUCAAGAGAUACCUGAUGCCAUUGGUAAUUUGACUUCACUGAAAGUGUUGUCGGUUCAAAAGAACAAAUUAGAACGGCUACCAUUCUGCCUCGGCAAUAUCACAACAUUGCAAGUUCUGAAGUUAGAAGGGAAUCCUCUCAUUUUCCCGCCGAAAAGUAUCCUAGAAUUGGAGGAUAAAAGACAAAUACCAGUUCUCGACAGCGAAAAAGACACUCUUAUCACCGUCCAGGUUAAGAGAUUUUUAAGGCAAGCCGCAGUAUCGGGCAAAAGCGGAAACGAGUCAGGAGCUGAAUCUAGUGGCGAAGGACCAGUGGAGCAGCCGCGUGUGAGCAAACGCACUGGUGGCAGAUUUCCGGUGAAGCCAAGCAUAAGCGGCAUCGAUCCAAUGACCGCCCUAGGACUUUCUAGCAAGCCACCGCCAAUCCCAGAGCGUUCACAUCAUCGAAUGCAAUCCCAGCAGAAUUCUGUAGCUCGUCGACCUGGUAUUGCACCGCUUGCUUUGGGCAAUGAACGUAAUCGCAGCAACAGUGAAAGCAUUCUCCAGGCCAACAAUCGCAUGAAACGGAUGGGUGGCAUCAUCACUAGAAAACCGUCAGACCUUUCUACCUUAAAUGAAGUUGGAACCAACCGCCUUAGUCAUUAUAGAGGACUGAGCCAUGGCUCGAUCUUGCGUGGGAAAGAUAGCGGGGAUGUUCGCAGUGGCAAUAGUUCAUCAAGUCCAGCAAGCCCGAUCGAGAACGAGCGCCACCGAAAUGUUUUCAUCAACAGGCUUUCAAGUCUCCCUGAAUAUAAACGUCAGUCAGACUCACCGUCUCCUCUGGUUCAAGCGGCAAAAAGCGUCCUUUAUUCCAUGUUUCAGCUGCACCCGCACAUUUCAAGCCUUCUUGCUCUGGCCCGCGAUGGUCCUUCUAAACGCAGUAGUUUGGAGCGUGUCUUCUAUAAUGCAACAACGCACGUGGGAGAACUCGACAGGGAAAUUCACAAGUUUGACAAUUUUGAGGAAGAUGAAGAAGGGCCACCUCAGUCCAGUGAAGGCGUCGAGCGUGCGUGCUUGACAUGCAUCAAAGCUUACGAACAUGUCAUUUCAUUACUUGUUGGCAACGCAUCAAAAAUCAUCGAACAAGGGGACCAAAAGUACAUACGAACUUUGCUCUUGUUGGUAUUUGGAGGCCUUGUUGAAAUACGGAAUGCCACUUCACAUCUACGAUCCAAAAUCAGUAUCAGUCGCAGGCGAUUUGUGCCACGACGUGUGGCUGCCCCAAUGUUUCGACGAGGGCGUUCGGCUACACCUACACGAGAACGACCUGCACCUGGCACACGGAUGAGGAGCGGAACAGUUAUUCAACACGGCAGUGCUUUACAACCUAUUAAUACUCAGCCCCCUCUACCGUUUAAGUAUGCAGGCAGCAGAUCUAACACAUUAACGAACGGCUUCUCCUUCACACCACGCUCGACUGACACGUUUCCUGCUGUACCUACGCCUACUGUGCGUUCCAGAAACAACACAAUGUUAGGACAUGGUGAAGUGAUUGACGAAGAGAGACUGUUUGAGAAAAUCUACCUCAGACUAAGCACUGGAUGUGACUCGGUUUUAAAUGCUCUGCCUGCCAUCAGACUUCAUUUUCUUCGUUGCUCUGAAACUGCAAAUGCUAAGGGCGCAUCCUCAUCUGUCCGAGGCUCCUGGACAGACUUGUGCGAUAAAUCUAUGGCUUCUAUUAAUGUCACGGAUCAACUCAAGCAUUGUCUGUCCACAAUUAAACUGAAAGAUCCAAAUAUCAGAAGUCAGCGUGAAUUCUGGCAACUUUGCCAUAACUGGCUCAAGGCCUUUGUUGAUCUUGCCUUCCUCGUUAAAGAAGCUCGAAGUUAUGACCUCAUUCCCAAUGACGUGCUUCACGCGCUUCGUCUUCCGCAGAAGCAACUUAGAGAGGUUGGGGCACUCAUCACUCAGUCACCCUGGAGUGAGCUUGGGUCGCAAUCAGCUACAAUUCCUCCUCUUCAGCCAGGAAUGACGCACUCUGGCUUCCUCGGCCCAUCUGCCUUAGGAGUAUCCAUGUCUCCUCUUGGCGCUAUCGCUGCUCCUACAUCUGCCACAUCUGUUGCACCAAAUAGCAGUCCAUAUGUGACACCAUUACCGGCGACACCGCUCAGUGCGGCCCUUGGACCAGCUGUCCAAGCCACUGUACCGUCAACGCCGUCAGGCACUAUGAAUAGCCCCGGGUUCUUCCCAGGAGGAGCUCUCUAUGAGCGGACGGAAUCCCUAGCAUCAUCACAGGGGAGACGUUGA